AAAACUGUUGUUUAAUGGGACUCUGUUUGAAAGAAGUGGAGUUUAUUUCUAAUAAUUUUUCAUGUUUGUAUUAUUAGUGAAACAAUUAAAAGAUAUUAUCUAAAAAUUUAUAAUAUAAAAGUUUGUUAAAUAUUUUUUAUAUUUUUUUUAAUUGAUGGUUAGAUUUUACAAAAAUUAAUUAAAAAAAGCUUAAAAUUUAUUUUUUAUUGUAAACAAUUACCUCGGACUGAAAAGGUCUUUUUUUUUUUUCUUUUUUUUUUAAUUUAGGGAUUAUUUUUAUUUUUUAAAAUCAAAAUCUAGUUUAACUCUGUUUUUCAUUUUUUUUUCUCAAUUUUUAAUAAAUUGAAUCCAAACUUUAAUUUUCAUAUAAUUUAUUGUUCACAUUAUUUAAUCAUUAAUUUAAAUAAAAUAAAAACUUGCAUACACUAAAUUAGAAAAAGCAAUUAGAUAUCGCCACACGAGCUGAUCACCAGUCACCACUCACAUACCAUUUCAUUUUUGUCUGACCUUUCAAAGGUCACCGCGGGUUCGCACCUUCUUUCUCUCGAUGGUUCGCAAAAGCCAACAAGUAGCCAAAGGCUUCCAAUGGGCCAAGGCUCAGAAGUUUCUCGCGAAAGUGGGAUUGGUAAAAGAAGAUUACGUCCUGUGGAAGCACGUUGGGAAAUGUUUGCUAUAUGCCUACACGGUGUGCGGCCUCGUGUGGCUCUACAACGAGACGUCCCCGCUCGGUUGGUUUCAAUUAAGGCAUCGGCCGAAAGAAGAGAAAGAGCUGGCCCACCUCUAUGAGCGAAGGCAGUUUCCAUACCCGGGCGACAAAGAAGCCAUGGAAGAGUUCAUUGCCAAAGGAGGCAUGAUCGGCACGACGAUUGGUCCCAAAGGUGAUAUUGAAUCCGAUAAAGGUUCGGAUGAUUAUCAUGCGCAGUUGCAGAGGCAGAAGUUGGGACAAGAGGCACUGAAGCUGUGGAUGAGGAUGAGGAACGAAGUCAUCUCGGAGCUUCAGGAGAAAGGGUACGAUGUUGAGUGAAUGUUGUUGCAUUAAUUUUGUUGUUUGAUGGAGUUUGGGUUUCGUUUGGUCGUUGAGAAAGCUUAGGAAAAUAAGGGAAAGAAACUUCUGAACCUUAUAUUUUUAUGAUACUGUUUCUAACAAAUUGCCCAGUGAUUUUCGUGAAAA